UCGCGGCGGGAGAUUCACGGGGCGCGGGCGCCAAGCCGGUCGGACGGGCGCGCGCCAUGGAACGGCUGCGGGACGUGCGGUUGCAGCUGCAGGCGUGGGAACGCGCUUUCCGGCGGCUGCACGGGCGGCGGCCGGGCCAGGAGGACGUGGAGGCGGCGCCCGAGGAGACCCGCGCGCUCUACCGGGAGUACCGCGCCCUGAAGGAGACCCUGGGCCAGGCCGGCGGCGUUGGGCCCUGCGGCACCGUGCAGUCGCUUCCGGCGGCAGCGGAGGAGGUGCUGGAGCCUAGCUGCUGGGGGUCCCACCUGAAUCGGGCUGCAACCCUGAGUCGCCAUCCUGCUGCAGGGCCAAGUCCUCGGGUGUCUGGGCAGGACUACGGGGAGAGGCUGAAGGCCAAUUUAAAGAGCACUCUGCAGGCUGGGCCAGCACUGAGUCGCAUACCCCGGCCUUCACGAAGACCCUCCCCAAAGAUGCCUUCCCUGGGGCCACCAAGUGCACGGACUCCCACCAUCUCUCCAGAAGAAGUCAGUGAGGGGCUCCCCCAGCCUCCCAGGCCCCAGCUGAGGCAAGGCCGGCUGCAGCAGCUGCGGGCAUCACUCAGCCUGCGGCUGGGCUCCCUAGACCCUGGCUGGCUGCAGCGAUGUGACAGUGGGACCCCAGAGGCCUGCCAGCCCAUUGUGGGUGCAGAGGAACCACAGCCUCUGACUUCAGGUGUCCCGUGUGUUCUUGGUCCCAGCGCUGGCCUCGAGGCACCUUUACAGGGCUCAGAGGCUCCGGAAUCAGUGCAGGGAGCUGCAGCCAGUGCAGGGAGCCCCCCCCAUGGCAACAGUCAAGGCAAGAAGCGGAGCCGGAGUGGGGAGCUAAAGGGGAGCCCUGCCCAGGCCCAGGAGGACAGCAGCCAACUGGGACCCCUGCCUGAGAGCCCUGGGGAUGCGGCGCUUGUGCAGGCACAGGCCCCCCGCGGCCUUGCCGUCUCCAGGCCAGCCUCUUGGGACAGAGGUAAUUACGUCCGGCUCAACAUGAAGCAGAAACGCUAUGUGCGGGGCCCGAUCCUGCGUGGCAGGCUUCUCCGCAAGCAGGUGUGGAAACAGAAGUGGCAGAAAAAACAGGAAUGUUUUAGGGGUGGUCAGCCCAGAACCACAAGCAAGGAUGCUUGUUUCCAGUGUGGGCAACUUGGCCACUGGGCACCCCAGUGCCCCCAGUCAGAACCUACCGUGGCCCCCAAGAAGGACGGAGACAGGGACGGGCAAAGCCUGCCCACGUUGGAGGAAAUAGUCCAGAGGACGGACACUGCCCACUGCCAGCUGCCUGCAGGUGAGAAAAACACAGAACCUGCUCAACCUGAAUUGCUGGAGCCUGUGGAACAGCCUGCGCCACCUUGCCCGCCCCUAGCUGUGCCACCACUCUACCUGCCAGGGCCUUCAGGACAGGUGGCAAAGACGCCAGCUGAGGUGUUGCAAGCCCUGGAGCAGCUGGGCCACCGAGCCUUCCGCCCUGGACAGGAGUGCACGGUCAUGCGCAUCCUGUCUGGCAUGUCCACGCUGCUGGUGCUGCCCACGGGUGCUGGCAAGUCCUUGUGUUAUCAGCUCCCUGCGCUACUGUACGCCCGGCGAAGCCCCUGCCUCGCACUGGUCAUCUCUCCUCUUGUCUCACUCAUGGACGACCAGGUGUCCGGCCUGCCAGCCGGCCUGAAGGCGGUGUGUGUGCACUCAGGCCUGACCAGGAAGCAGAGGGACUCGGCCCUGCAGAAGGCUCGCACAGCCCAGGUGCAUGUGCUGAUGCUGUCACCCGAAGCUCUGGUUGGGGCUGGGGCAGGAGGCCCUGCCUGUCUCUCUCGGCUGCCCCCGGUCGCUUUUGUCUGCAUCGACGAAGCCCACUGUCUCUCCCAGUGGUCCCACAACUUCCGGCCCUGCUACCUGCGUGUCUGCAAGGUGCUGCGGGAACAGCUGGGUGUGCGCUGCUUCCUGGGUCUCACGGCAACGGCCACUCACAGCACUGCCCUGGAAGUGGCCCAGCACCUGGGCAUAGCUGCAGAGGCUGUUCUCAGAGGAUCAGUCACCAUCCCCACCAACCUGCACCUCUCUGUGUCCAUGGACAGAGACCCAGACCAGGCUUUGGUGACACUGCUGCAGAGUGACCGUUUUCGCACCCUGGAUUCUGUCAUCAUCUAUUGCAACAGACGACAGGACACUGAGCGUAUUUCUGCCCUGCUCCGCACCUGCCUGCGGCGCGGCGCCCAGGAGGCCUUGGUGGAAGCCUACCACGCAGGCAUGUGCAGCCAGGAGCGGCGGCGGGUGCACAGAGCAUUCAUGGAGGGCCAGCUGAGGGUAGUGGUGGCCACGGUAGCCUUCGGGAUGGGGCUUGAUCGGCCAGACGUGCGGGCUGUGCUGCACCUAGGGCUGCCCCCGAGCUUCGAGAGCUACGUGCAGGCCGUGGGCCGUGCCGGGCGUGACGGGCAGCCUGCACACUGCCACCUGUUCCUGCAGCCUCAGGGCGAGGACCUGCGGGAGCUGCGCAGGCACGUGCACGCCCAUGCCACCGACUUCCUGGCUGUGAAGAAGCUGGUGCAGCGUGUGUUCCCGCCCUGCACCUGCUCCCAGCGGAUCUCGGAGCAGGCGGGAGGAGGGAGCCCCCAGAGGUGCUCUGCGAAGUCCCCGCAGGAGGCCCAGCAACCCAGCCGCGAGCACACAGCCCGGUGCCCAGGCCACGAGCGAGUCCUCCCCGUGCAGCCGACAGUGCAGGCCCUAGAUAUGACUGAAGAGGCUAUUGAGACCCUGCUGUGCUACCUGGAGCUGCACCCACAGCGCUGGCUGGAGUUGCUGCCACCCACCUACACCCACUGCCACCUGCGCUACCCUGGGGGCCCCACCCAGCUCCAGGCCCUGGCCCGCAGGUGUCCCCCCCUGGCUGUAUACUUGGCCCGGCAGCCGCCUGAGAACACAGGUCGGGGAAGCAGCACAGUGGAGUUGGACAUGGCUGAGCUGGUGGAUUCUCGGGGCUGGGAGCUGGCACCUGUGAGGCGGGCCCUCCAGCAGCUGCAGUGGGACCAGGAGCCCAGGACAGGUGUGCGUCGGGGUUCAGGGGUGCUGCUGGAGUUCAGGGAACCGGCCUUCCACCUGCACAGCCCCGGGGACCUGACAGCCCAGGACAAGGAUCAGAUCUGCGACUUCCUGUACAGCCGUGUGCAGGCCCGAGAGCGCGAGGGUCUGGCCCGCCUGCGCCGCAUCUCCCAGGCCUUCCACAGUGUUGCCUUCCCCAGCUGCGGGCCGUGCCUGGAGCAGCCGGACGAGGAGCGCAGCGCCCGCCUCAAGGCCCUGCUUGGCCACUACUUCCAGGAGGAGGGGCCGGGGGACAUGGAGGACCAGCGGGACCCAGAGCCGGGGCAGGCCAUGUUCCAGGACUGGGAGCCCCAGAUCCGCAGGGACAUCCGUCACUUCCUGUCCUUGUGGCCAGAGCAGCGGUUCUCAGGCAGGGCCGUGGCCCGCGUCUUCCACGGCAUCGGAAGCCCCUGCUACCCGGCCCAUGUGUAUGGGCGGGACCAGCGUUUCUGGAGGAGGUACCUGCACCUCAGCUUCCAUGCCCUGCAGCGCCUGGCCACCGAGGAGGUCCUGCUGGGGGUCACUGACUGCCCUGCCUCCACGUCACAGGCAUGAGCAGGGCUGCGUCACAGUGGACAGCG